AUGCCUAUGAGCAAAAAUACGCUAAUUUUAUUACUUGGAAUGAUAUGUUUGGAACAAGGUAAAUCUGCAACUCUCUCUCUCUCCCAAGCUCCCACUUGUGGGCGAAGUGUGGCAAAGGUAAGGCCUUGGAAUUACUUUAACCUUUUCAGUCGCAUUGUUGGGGGAAGCCAAGUGGAAAAGGGUUCCUACCCCUGGCAGGUAUCUCUGAAACGAAGGCAGAAGCAUAUCUGUGGUGGGACCAUCAUCUCUCCACAGUGGGUGAUUACAGCUGCUCACUGCGUUGCGAACAGAAAUAGUGCAUCAAUUCUGAAUGUUAUUGCUGGAGAACAUGACUUAAGCUCUAUAGAACAAGGGGAACAAACUCUUGCCAUUGAAACUAUCAUCAUACACCCGUACUUCUCAACCAAGAAACCAAUGGAUUAUGAUAUUGCCCUUUUGAAGAUGGCUGGAGACUUCAAUUUUGACCAGUUUGUGAGGCCCAUAUGUCUUCCAGAACUAGGGGAACAAUUUGAGGCUGGAUUUAUUUGUACAACUGCAGGCUGGGGCCGCUUGACUGAAAACGGCAACCUUCCUCGAGUCUUGCAGGAAGUGAACCUGCCCAUUUUGACCCAGGAGGAGUGUGUGACAGCUCUGUUAACCCUCAAUCAACCCGUCAGUGGGCAGACCUUUCUCUGCACAGGCUUCCCAGAUGGAGGGAGAGAUGCAUGCCAGGGAGAUUCGGGAGGUCCCCUCAUGUGCCGGAAUAAGAAGGGGGCGUGGACUCUGGCUGGUGUAACUUCCUGGGGUUUGGGCUGUGGUCGAGGUUGGAGAGACAACAUGAGGAAGGAUGAUCAAGGAACCCCUGGCAUCUUCACAGAUAUCAAUAAAGUGCUUCCUUGGAUCCACAAACAUAUCCAAAUUGGUAAUGAAGCCAGCACACAAGCCUCUUGCAGUGAGCAGGACCCUGUGAUCAGCCAACCUGAGGGGGAGCUGCACUUCCCAGAAAGCCCCUACUUACAUCUGGAGAGCAAGCAACUGUGUGUCUGGACCCUAUUGGCGCCAGAGAAAAUGCAUGUGUUGCUCAAUUUUUCCUACUUGGACGCAGAGUCUUGUUAUCACAAUUACCUGUCAAUAUAUUCUUUAGAAGACAGACUUAUUGGGAAAUUCUGUGGAGAAAGCCUGGCUUCAUCAGUUCUUGUUGGGUCCAACUCUCUAAGACUGAGGUUCAUCUCUGAUGGCACAGAUUAUGCUGCUGGGUUUAAUCUCACUUAUAAAGCUCUUAAACCAAACUAUCUUCCUGAUUCAGGUUGCAGUUCCUUAGCCAUCCAUUUUGAAGAAGGCUUCAUUCAGAGUCCUGACUAUCCUAAAAACUACAGUGCCAUGGCUCACUGUAAAUGGGUUUUUCAAGCCCCCAAGUAUCACCUAAUUAAGCUUUCCUUUCAGAAUCUGGAAAUAGAAGAAAGUGGAGACUGCACUUCUGACUACGUGACAGUGUACAGGGAUGUAGAAAGGAAGGAGGAGAUAGCACGGCUGUGUGGCUCUGAUACCCCGGACCCCGUGCUGAGCUACUCCGGUACAAUGUUCAUUCACUUCCAGUCUGAUGAAAAUAAGACCUUCAAAGGGUUUCAAGCUACAGUCUCCUUCAUUCCAGAAACAGUAUACCCAGAUUUAAAUAUAUCCAGAUCAGAGGAUGAGUCACUGUUUCUGGAGACCUGGAAUGUUCUACCUGAGGGGCCUGAUUAUUCUGAAAAGUGA